UUGACAAAAUAAAUGAAAGGCAUGCUCUACUGGGUGAGAUCAAGUGACUGAUUUCACCAUAGAAUUUAAAAACUAUGGUUGCAUAUGGUCUGCAUCAAUUAUAGUUGUAUUGUUAUGGAAUAAUUCAGUUCAACUCAGUUCAGUUCUAUUUAUACUGUCACGCAGGCAGAAGGGACUCAGGCGCAGACCAGCUGAACUAAAAUUACAGUCACAAGUUUAUUUAUGAACACAGCACGUGAAACUAUAUACAGUGUAUGGGGGCAGGGAUUGUCAGUGGUCCAGGGGUAGAAAGGGAAGAGGGUCCAAACACACUCCGCUUGUUUGCUCCUCUCGCAUUUGUCUUCAGCACUCUCACCCACUCCACACCACGCUGGCAGGGAAACAGAUCAAGGAACAAGGACAGGUCCAGGAGUCUGUGUACAGAAGAAACGCGGUUAGAACAAACUGAGAAAUCAUGCAAAAAACAGAAAUUAUCAGAGCUGGACUGACAAGUAUAACUCAACAAUCCAGCGAAGACUCCCUCUGAGCCCUCAGCUUAAAUAGCAGCCCAUGAGUCAAGGUAAUCAGGCAGAUUCACAGCAGGUGCGUGGGCCAAGGGCGGGAGCCCAGCUGAGCCCCGCCCAGGCAGACAGGUGAGAGACAAGAGAGAGAGGGGGGAGAGAGAGACAAACUCAAAACAACAUGUGGCCUGGAAACUAGGUCAACCAGGGAGACACGGAGACGAUGACAUAUACAGCGCCAAAUCACAACAACAGUCAUCUCAAGUGCAACAAGGGGAAGUCUGUGGUGCAGAUGUUUUUCAACAGAUUUCAGCUGCUUUCUGCUGUUUGCCUGAUGAUCCUGAUGGCGUUCUAUUUCAUAGAUUUUAGUAAAUAUCUUGGAGAGCCACCCAACAUCACUCCCACUACACCAGAACAAAGCCAUGUUUCCAGGUCACCUGUGACCAGACACCUUCCUCUACCUGGUCCCUGCACCUGUCAUCAAGGCUCAACGAUCCUAAAAGAUCACCUCCCUAAGGAGCAAAGUGAGGAGCUGAAGCAACGACGAGCUAGGGAGUUUCAGCAGAACAAAAUCAGGACAACCUCAGUACUGUCCAGACUGCUGUUUGCCUUGCCUAACUCUCCUCUGCAGUAUCCUAUCCAGGGUUACACAGUGCAGCCUUUGACCUCCACUGUCAUACCAGCUUUAGGGCUGCAUGCAGAAAAAAGAAACAGCUACAAGGUGGUCUUAAGUGUGUCUAAAGGCAUCCUCACAACAGAUAUACCACAUCAAAACGCGACAGUCAAAGGUUCUGGUGAGAACAAACUGAUUAUUGAAUCCAGUAACCUGGUGCUCCUCAACAACUUGCUGGCCAAAGUGUCCUAUACCAGCACUGUCUACCAUAUAAACACUGGAGACCUUGCCACAUUGCAGUUUGAAAACCAUGAAGCGGUGUUCCCCAUUGCCAUCAAACAGCCUCAAAUACCAGUCCUGUAUGACAUAGGGACAGACAUUAGUUCUCACGUCACCAUCACCACAAAGACUUUCCUGCGCUACAGAGAGCUGAAGGUGUUGUUGGACAGCAUCCGAAAGUUCUACAACAACAUAAAAGUGAUUAUUGCAGAUGACAGCUUAGAACCAGAGCCAAUUCAUAGAGAAAACAUCUUACAUUACCUCAUGCCUCCAGCACAGGGCUGGUUUGCAGGCAGAAAUCUGGCUGUUUCCCAGGUAACAACUAAAUACUUCCUGUGGGUGGAUGAUGACUUUGUCUUUACAGAGAAGACAAAGAUCGAGAAGCUUGUGGAGGUGAUGGAGGCAAACCCUGAACUGGAUGUGGUUGGUGGGGCUGUAGAAGAGAACCAGUUUUAUUUUACUCUUAUAUAUGAGGAAGGAGAAGAAAAUGAAGGUGGCUGCCUAUACAGGAUGUCUCAAGGGAAAUUUCACUCACUUCCUGGCUACCCACAAUGCUUUUUGGCUAAUGGAGUCGUCAACUUCUUCCUGGCUCGUACAGAUGCUGUACAGAAGGUGGGUUUUGACCCUAAGCUACAGCGGGUAGCACAUUCAGAGUUCUUUAUGGAUGGUCUGGGCUCUUUGCUGGUCGCAUCAUGUAGUCACGUAUCCAUUGGUCAUCAACCCAAAACAGCCGACAGCCAGAGUUCUACAUAUGACAAAUAUAGAAUCCCGGGAGAAAAUGAUGAAGAAUUCAAACUGCAGCUUCACUUUUACAAAAACAACCUUAAGUGCAUUAAAUAUGGAUAGAAAGAACACAAAGGACAUCAGUGUCACUUUUAUUGUCUUUAUUGUUAUUGUUUUGUCAUGAUCUCAGGGUUAUCUAAGUUUAGGAUUCUCAGUGAAUAUAGCUGAGUUUGGCUUUGUGUUUGGAUUUUAUUCAUCCUGAUUUGUUUUCUUUAUUAUUCUUAUAGAAAGUUUAAUGUCUUGUGAUUUUGCUGUUUUGUCAUCCUGUGUUUUCGUUCAUAUUUUCAUUGUUAAUCUAAUACACCAAAAUUUAAAACUUUAUAUAUCUUCACAGAAGGACAAAACACACCUAAAAUCAACAUGACUAAUAGAUGCUGUAAGUCAUUUAUCUAUGCCACCUAUGUUUCUAUGUAAUAAAAGCAAAGAAAUAAAUAUACAAACUGUACAAGAAGAAAAUCAAUGAACAGUGUCGUGACAGUAAUAGUUAAAUUUGCUAAGCCAGAUUCCUCCUUUAUUCUACUAAUUUUUAAUAUCUCAUGUGGUUGUUGGUUGUUUCCAUUUGCAUUGUUUAUUUAUUUUUUUUAUUUAUUCUCAUGUUUUUUUCUGUUGUGUUCAGUGAUCACUUCUAUUUAUUUAUCACCACAGUUUAUGUGUUAUUGUGCAAAAGGGAGUUUUUUCUUCCCACCGUCACCAAAGUGCUUGCUCAUAGGGGGUCAUAUGAUUGUUGGGUU